AUGACGCGGCGGCCCCUCAUCCUCAAGGGUUACAUGAAGGCGAAGAUGACCGAGCGCAACUUCCACCAGGUCCGCCGCGAGAUCCGGCUGAUGCAGCAGAUCCGCUACGAGGGGGCGGUCAAGAUCCAGGGCACCUUUGAGGACGCCGGUGCGAUCUACAUCGUGCAGGAGGUCUGCGCCAAGGGGGAUCUUUUCAAGAAGCUGAUCCGCAACGGCGGCAUGCUGGACGACAAGUACGUGGCGGCUGAGGUCAUCCUGCCGCUGCUGCUGACGCUGGAGCACCUGCACUCAGUCAAGAUCUACCACCGCGACAUCAAGCCCGAGAACAUCUUCUUCAUGAAGGACGGCCACAUGAAGCUCGGGGACUUUGGUGAGCGGGCCUUCUCCGGGUGA